CCCGGAAGUGGACGCUGCCAUGGCGACCCCGGACGCCGCACCGGACUCCGCUGUAGAGGGAUCACAGGAGGAAGAGGAGCAGGAAAGCUCUGAGGGGCUGGAAACGAAUCCGAGUUCUGUAUCCAACGCAGAGGGCGAACAAACGAGUUCUGUGAUCCCUGUGAAAUCCCAGGAGCAGGAACAGAAACAGGAACAAGAGCAAGAGCAGGAGAAGGACCAAGAGCAGAAGGAGAAGGACCAAGAGCAGGAGAAGGAGGAGGAGGAGAAGGAGAAGCAGAAGAAGCAGGAUGACCAGGAGAGCAUCAUUUCCUCUCUGCUCUCUGAGGUUGAGCACGAGGGUAACAGCCCCAGAACACCAAAGCGAGUCCUGGCGUUCGUGCGGGUCAAGCCGACCGCUCAUUUUGCCCAAGAUAUGAUCAAGCUUGGGUCAGACAACAAGAGCAUCGAUAUCUACAUCCAGAAGAGUCCCAAGGGAGGAGUUGUGAAUAACUCUCAGACUGAGUGGUCCUUCAAGCUGGAUGGGCUCCUCCACAACACUUCCCAGGAAAUGGUUUAUGAGACCGUGGCAAAGAACGUGGUGGCCAAAGCUUUGCAGGGUUACAAUGGCACCAUCAUGUGCUAUGGGCAGACUGGGGCUGGCAAAACCUACACCAUGACGGGAGCAGCCUCUGAGUACAGAAACCGAGGGAUCAUCCCCAGAGCCAUCCAGCAGAUCUUCAAAUCAGCUGCAGAAUUCCUCAAUAUCCUGGUCAGUGUCCGAAUUUCCUACCUGGAGAUUUACAACGAGGCCUUGUUCGACCUCCUGGCGCCGGCGCUGGGCCGGGGCUGCAAGGACAACCAGCUGGCAGUCAUGGACGGUCCCCAGGGGAUUUAUGUCAAGGGGCUCUCCAUCCACCCUGUCAGCCACGAGGAGGAGGCUCUGCAUCUCCUUUUUGAGGGUGAGACCAACAGAGUGAUAGGAGAGCACUCCCUGAAUAAGAAUUCCUCCAGAUCCCACUGCAUCUUCACCAUGUACAUUGAGUGUCGCUCCAGAGAUUACACAAAUCACAAAUGCCUGAAAUCUAAAAUCACCUUAAUUGACCUGGCAGGGUCUGAGAGACUCAGCAAGACUGGGUCUGAGGGCCAGGUCCGGGUGGAGGCCUCCUACAUCAACAAAUCCCUGUCCUUCCUGGAGCAGCUCAUCAUCGCCCUGGCCGAUCCCAAGCGCGAGCACAUCCCCUUCCGACAGAGCAAACUCACCCACGUCCUCAAGGACUCGCUGGGGGGAAACUGCAACACUGUGCUGGUGACAAACAUCUAUGGGGAAGCUGAGCAUGUGGAAGAGACUCUGUCCUCCCUGCGUUUUGCCACCAGGAUGAACUGGGUGACAGCAGAGCCUGUCCCCAACGAGCCCUUUUACCGUGAGGCAUCAGUGAAGGCUCUGGAGGAGGAGAUCCAUCUCCUGAAGCAAGAGCUGAUCAUGCAGGACAGCUUGGCAAAUCGUUCCUUCAUGAGUUACAACCCCCUGACUACAUCCCAGAGAGCAGAAAUCAGGUCCCAAGUCCAGAAAUACCUCAGAGGAGUCAUCGAGGAAAUCAGUAUUGUGAAUGUCAGGCAGAUCCAGGAGGUGUUCAGGCAGUUCAAAGUGAUUGUAAGCCAACAGGAGGAAGAGGUGGAGUGCAGGCUCUGGAACAAGUACGGGCUGGGACGCAAAGGCAGCGCUGCCGAGUCCGAGUCCAGCUCGGAUCUGCGUUUGGAGGAAGCUCAGGAGCAGCAGCAGGAGCAGGAGAACAUGGAAACUACCGCUCGUAAGGAAGAGGAUUUGGAGCAGGAGGAGGAUGAAGAGACUCUUGAGGCUGGAAGUCCUCCUACAUCCCCCAUUCCUGGUGGGAAGAAGGAAGCUGAGGAGGGUGAUGAGAAGGAAAGAAGUGGGAGCCCUCCCUCUGAGGCAAGUCAGGAUGAUUCCUCACUGUCCAAAAGCCCCACCAAGGAUCUGGAUGAGGAAGAGGAAGGAAGUGAUCAGGAAAGUGAUGAAGAGGCCUCAGUCCCACCUUCAGUGCAGGAUUCCCAGCUCAGGUCCCCUCUACCCAAGCAAGAAGCGUUUGAGAUGUUUAAGAAGGAGGCUGGCCGGGAGAUCCACCGGAUCUUCAGGGAGAACAAGAGGCUCCUCAUCUCCCGCAAGAAGAGAAGCCAUUCCGUGGCCCAGAGGAUCAAACGCAUCAAGCAGCAGAUGGAGGCGAUCAAGGAGGCUCUGGAGGCUCAGAAGAGGAAGAGGAGGCAGGAGGGAGAAUACACGGAUGAGGAUGGACAGGUGAUCAUCGAUGAGAAGGAGUUUUCUCUCAUCCUGAAGCUGAAGGAGCUGAAGGAGAAGCACAGGGCUGCCUUCACUGAGCUGAGGAACCUGAAGGCAGAGAUCCAGUACGGCCAGCAGCUCUUGGAUAAGUGUCGGAAAAGGCUCAUCUCAGAGUUUGAGAUCUGGUACAACGAAUCCUUCCUUAUCCCUGAACAUGUGAGGGAAGCUCUGAAGCCCGGUGGGAACAUCACACCUGGGAUGAUUCCCAUCAACAGAGUCACGUGCCUGGGUGAAGACGAGCAGGACAGGUUUGAGCGGAUGCAGGGGACGGUGCUGCCGGACUGCCCGCGCUCCGUGUCCUUCUACAGGGCCAGGAUGAACACGGACCAAAAGCAAACCUUCAACAGGUCCAUGGCGGCUCUCCGGAAAAUGCGCAGGAAACCCGGACUGGUCCCGGCUGCUGGGAAGAAAAAAGCCCUGUCCUUCCUGCCCAUCCCAUAGCCUGGAUCCCAGCAUUCCC